UGUAUCCUAAUAUAAUAUAAUUAAUCCUCCUUUCCAUCCCUCUCGAAGUUUCCGAAAACACUUGGCUUGGAAGUCGGGCGAGUCCCAACGGAAGGCAUCACGACGGGUGUGGAAGAAGCCUGAUUCGACGAAGGAGACGAACCACUCGACGUCGACGGGAAAGGACGAUCCAUCGUCUCGGUCGAGGGGAUGAGAGGAGGACUUGUCCAGGGAUCUCCCAGCGGAUUCGGGAGGAUCGAGCAAGAGACGGAGGCGAUCGGAGACAUCCAUCGUGUUCGUAUCGACCCACGAAGCACGUGACUGGCGAUGCGCCUUCGCCCGCAGAUCUUACCUUCCGCUUCGAGCGAAGUCCACCCACCAAAUUAAACCGAAAUAAUUCGAUGCUUUUUAUUAACAAAAUCGAAUAAAAAUCAUUCGUUUUCUUCUUCCCCCAUCUCUCUUUCUCUCUCUCUGGUUUUAGAUCUCGAUCUCGAUCUGAAUAGUGCUGCGCCAAGAAGACCGAUCGCAGUUCGUGGGUGGGAUUUAUUUACUCUGGAUCUUGGGCGGAGAAGACCAUAGGGUUUCGGAUUCGCGGUGGUUCCGGAUUGGGAUCGGGGGGAAUCCUCCCCCUCGUAGCAACGCAAAGCGACCAUGGAGCAGUUGAAGACGAUCGGACGGGAGUUGGCGAUUGGGUCCCAUGGCGGAUGGGGCCAGUCCAAGGAGUUCCUGGACCUGGUGAAGUCUAUCGGGGAGGCGCGCUCCAAGGCGGAGGAGGACCGCAUCAUCCUCCGGGAGGUGGAGUCGCUCCGCCGCCGCAUCGCCGAGCCCGACGUCCCCCGCCGCAAGAUGAAGGAGUACAUCAUUCGCCUCGUCUACGCCGAGAUGCUCGGCCAUGACGCUUCCUUCGGCUACAUCCACGCCGUCAAGAUGACCCACGAUGACGCGCUCCCCCUCAAGCGCACCGGCUACCUCGCCGUCACCCUCUUCCUCAGCGAGGACCACGACCUCAUCAUCCUCAUCGUUAACACUAUCCAGAAGGACCUCCGUUCUGACAACUACCUCGUCGUCUGCGCGGCCCUCGCUGCCGUCUGCAAGCUCAUCAACGAGGAGACCAUCCCGGCCGUCCUCCCCCAGGUCGUCGACCUCCUCGCGCACCCCAAGGAGGCCGUCCGCAAGAAGGCCGUCAUGGCGCUCCACCGAUUCUACCAGCGAUCCCCGGCCUCAGUGUCCCACCUUGUCUCCAAUUUCAGAAAGAGGCUAUGUGAUAAUGAUCCUGGAGUUAUGGGUGCAACACUUUGUCCUCUGUUUGAUCUCAUUUGUGCAGAUGUAAACUCAUACAAGGAUUUGGUUAUCAGUUUUGUUGGCAUUCUUAAGCAAGUAGCCGAAAGAAGGCUUCCAAAGACUUACGACUAUCAUCAAAUGGCUGCUCCAUUUAUUCAGAUAAAACUACUAAAGAUUCUUGCACUGCUCGGGAGUGGUGAUAAGCAAGCAAGUGGACACAUGUAUAAUGUCCUUGGUGACAUUUUUAGGAAGUGUGAACAAUCAAGCAACAUUGGUAAUGCUGUGCUAUAUGAAAGCAUAUGUUGUGUUUCAUCGAUCCAUCCAAAUGCUAAGUUACUGGAGGCUGCAGCAGAAGCUACUUCAAAGUUUUUGAAGAGUGAUAGUCAUAACCUCAAAUACAUGGGUGUCGAUGCUCUUGGCAGACUGAUCAGAAUAAAUCCAGAUAUUGCCGAAGAACACCAACUGGCUGUCAUUGAUUGCUUAGAGGAUCCUGAUGAUACCCUAAAGCGCAAGACCUUUGAAUUACUGUAUAAAAUGACGAAGUCUACUAAUGUUGAAGUAAUAGUUGGCCGUAUGAUUGAAUACAUGAUAAACAUCAGUGAUAAUCACUACAAAACAGAGAUUGCCUCACGUUGUGUUGAGCUUGCUGAACAAUUCGCACCAACCAAUGAAUGGUUUAUUCAGACCAUGAAUAAGGUCUUUGAGCAUGCAGGUGAUCUUGUAAAUGUUAGAGUGGCACAUAAUUUAAUGCGAUUAAUUGCUGAAGGAUUUGGAGAGGAUGAUGAAGGUGCUGAAAGUAAGCUGAGGUCUUCAGCAGUGGACUCAUACUUGCGUAUUCUUGGGGAACCGAAGCUUCCAUCUCUGUUUUUACAAGUCAUAUGCUGGGUUCUGGGGGAAUAUGGGACUGCAGAUGGGAAAUAUCCUGCUGCUUAUAUAAUUGGAAAGUUAUGUGAUGUGACAGAGGCCCUUCUAUGUGAUGAUACUGUCAAGGCUUAUGCAAUAUCAGCCAUCCUGAAAAUUUGCGCAUUUGAAAUUGCUGAAGGAAGGAAAGUUGAAAUGUUGCCUGAGUGUCAAUCCCUAAUUGAUGAACUAUCCACAUCACAUUCGACAGACUUACAGCAACGUGCAUAUGAGCUACAAGCAUUGCUAUGCUUAGAGAGUCAAGCUGUUGAAAGUGUCAUGCCACUUGAUGCUAGUUGUGAGGAUAUUGAGAUUGACAAGAAUCUCACUUUCUUGAAAGAUUUUGUUCAACAAUCCAUUGAAAAUGGUGCGACGCCUUACAUUCCAGAGAGUGAACGGUCAGGCAUGUCUAAUGUUAGCAAUUUCAAGAGCCAGUACCAGCAUGAAGCUUCUAGCCAUAUGCUUAGGUUUGAGGCAUAUGAGCUUCCAAGGCCCUCACCUGCACAUGUGAUCCCUCACGUCUCAGUUCCAACACCAAUUGCCGAUCUUUUUCCAGUGCCUGAGACCACCUGCAAUAGCGAAACAAGCCAGGCUUCUAAGCUACCAUCAGUGGCUGGUGCAUCUUCUGCAGCUCAUGGAAUUAAGCUUCACCUUGAUGGUGUUCAGAGGAGGUGGGGUAGGCCUACGUAUUCAUCUUCUUCUGGACCAUCUAGUACAACCUCGACAGAGAAGACAACAAAUGGGGUCACUCAUAUUGAUGGGGUUGGCUCGCAAUCACGUGAUAAGUUGAAUGAGUCAAGGAGACAACAGCCGGAAGUUUCAGCUGAAAAGCAAAAGUUAGCAGCUUCACUCUUUGGUGGUUCAGCUGGUAAAACUGAGAAGAAAGCAACAUCGACCCAAAGGGCACCUAAGGGAAACACACGGAAUGCUGAGAGACCAGGUGCAGCUAGAUCCGGUAGUCCUGAAACAUCCAAGGAAAAGGCUGCCCCUUCUGUCCCUGAUCUACUUGAUCUGGGUGAACCAAACCCUACCAGCACCACGAUUGUCGAUCCCUUUAAGCAGUUGGAAGGGCUUGUAGGGCCAGCACCCAUGCCAUCACCGCUUGAUAAUUCUGUCAAAACUAGUGGUUUCGAAACGCCUGAUCUGAUGGCGGCAGCGUACACAGACCUACUUCCGAGUGGAUCAAGCAGUGGUUCCCUAAGUUCCACUACUACAGACAUGUAUUCGGUUGAUAAAACCUCAAAUACAGCAACAAGUGUGCCAUCAAUUAAGAAGGGCCCAUUUCCACAAGAUUCCCUUCGAAAGGAUGCAAGAGCAAGGCAGUUGGGUGUGACUCCAACAGGAAAUAACCCUAACCUGUUCAAGGACUUGCUGGGCUGAAAAGAUACUAUUCUUGCUUUGUGGUACACAUUGCAUGGAUCUUGAUGAUCGGCAUUAAGGAGUUUGGUGGAUUCUUUCAAUCACAUAUAUGCGGGAGCGCAAUUCAUCGGAUCUGCUCCCUCCCAAUGGUUUGGCCUAAGUGGAAGCAUGUAUGCUUGAUGCACCUUCCUGGUGUAGAGCCGAAACUUAAAUGCACAUGAAAAGUGUCCCAAACAUGGAUGUAACGUUUGGUUUUGGGUUUAUUUGACAGUUGAGCUUUUUUUUUUUCUUCUUUUGUUCUUCCCCUUUGCACCUCUUGGUUCAACCCUAGUCAAAAUCAAUCCUAAAUCAUUCAUUUCCUUA